UAUGACUGCUGUUUAUUUUUGAGGAAGUGAAUAAAAGUAGCCAAUCAACAGCCUUGUAACAAAACUUCAUUUUCAAUUAAUUCAUUAGCUAAUUAAUAAAUUUAGAAUCACACCUUAAAUGGGAUUAAUAGUAUAACUAAGAGAAUUAUGAUACCUAAUUUAGCAAAAAAGUGUGUAUGAAUUUAAUGUAGAGACUUGAAAUAGAUCACUUCCGCAUUUUUUAAAGAAAAGUUGUUCUCACUUUGGAUCUCUUUUUGUCUUGCAAUUUGAUAUUAUACCAUGUCUUGGGGUGGUCAGCAAGGUUAUGGAAGACCUGGAGCUCCACCACAAGGUCAGUAUGGAGCUGCCCCUCCUGGCCAGUAUGGGGCACCACCUGCUGGGCAGUAUGGAGCACCCCCUGCUGGACAACAUGGAGUGCCACCUGCUGGUCAAUAUGGAGCGCCACCUGCUGGACGAUAUGGGGCGCCCCCUCAGGGACAGUAUGGAGCACCCCCUGCUGGACAAUAUGGAGCUCCUCCUGCUGGUCAAUAUGGAGCAAGUGCUCCUCCGCAAAAUCAGUAUGGAGCACAAUCUGCACCAUAUGGAGCUAAUCCAGAGCUUUGGCAUUGGUUUCAGACAGUUGAUGCUGACAGGUCAGGAAAGAUAACUGCAAUAGAAUUGCAGCAAGCUUUGCUCAAUGGCAAUUGGUCACAUUUUAACCCAGAGACGUGUCGCUUAAUGAUUGGGAUGUUUGAUAAAGAUAGGAAUGGUACCAUAGAUUUCAAUGAAUUCUCAGCACUCUGGAAAUACAUUCAAGAAUGGAAAACAACUUUUGAUAGAUUUGACAGGGAUAGGUCUGGCAACAUAGACUGUAAUGAACUACAAACUGCCUUAAAAUCAUUUGGUUACAACAUAUCACCUCAGAUGUGUCAGCUCAUGGUACGAGUAUUUGAUCGUGAACACAGAAAUGUCAUGAAGUUCGAUGACUUUAUCCAGUCGUGUGUGUUGCUUGCAAAUCUUACAAAUAAAUUUCAAAAGAGAGAUACAAACCGUAAUGGCUGGGUAGAAAUAGGUUAUGAAGAGUUCCUCACCAUGGCAUUGGACCACUGAUGUACUUUCUACACGGGCAUUUGAUAGAUAUUAUGUUGGACUUCACGUUGCCUAGUGUAUCAACAAAGAAACAAAGAUCAUUGUGAUGAUACACUCAAUUGUGCAAUCAUCAUCAGUUCCACAUAUUGUGAUGUCAUCAACUCUCAUAUAAAUAAGAUCAGAGAAUAGACAGUGGUAUUCAGUCACUGCUCUGUAUAAUAUUAAGGACAUAUUACAUUAUUAUGUACACCCUUGAUGAGAAAGUUGGAAGAAACACUCACUACAUUAAAGCAUUAAGGAUAGAAUUGGAUAAGUAAAGACCUCAAAAUAUAAUAGACAUGAACUGGCGAUACCAAACAACGGGAAUGACAUCUUAUGUGUAUCAUUGUUCCAUAUCUGUUUCCUAUAGUUGAAAUACAUGUAUAUCACACCUGUCAGCUACUUCUAAUCAAUAUCAAAAAUGGAUCACUU